GAUUAUGAUAAGCAGUGAAUCGAACUUCCCAGCCCCUUGCCUUUUUCCGGAUGUUCUUCCUUGCUUUCAAAAUCUUCUGUGUUUUCAAGAUUUGUUGAAUUUUGAGCAUGGAUGGGAAAUCGGCAUCGCAAGAACACAACUCUGCCUCUGGGAACGACGAGGGAGCAUGUGGGCAGCUCCUGGUGGAUUACUAUGAAAAUGAUCCAGACAACCCACGCAACUGGUCCAAGACAUGGAGAUGGUCCAUCGUGGUUCUCGUCGCGUGUUUAUGUGCAAGAGGUCUAUGUACUAUAAUUGCCGCGCCCGUCUCGCCUCAGAUCCUGGCCUUCUUCCAUUCCAACAACCUGCUCUACCGCACCCUGCUCGUCACAAUCUGGGAGCUGGGCGAGAUCUUCGCCCCUCUCGUCUGGGGCCCUGUCUCGGAACUCUACGGUCGACGGUGGAUCCUAAACGGGGCGAACCUCCUCUUCAUCGUGUUCCUUGCCGGCACGGCCCUAAGCACCAGCAUCCAGAUGCUCAUCGCCUUCCGGUUCCUCAGCGGGCUCGCCACGGCCUGUAUCCCCAUCGGCCCCGGUAUCGUGAAGGACCUGUUCCCCAAAGACCAACGUGGCCGCGCCAUGUCCAUCAUGUCGCUAACCAGUGUGGUCGGGCCCGUGGUCGGGCCCAUCGUGGGCUCGUAUCUGGGCGAACGCGCCGGCUGGCGCUGGGUCUUCUGGCUUUCGACGCUGCUCUCCGGCGCUCUAGGGGUGUUAAUUCUGACACCAACCCUCCUCACCCACUCCCCGACCCUCCUCCUCGCAACCCUCGACCUCAGCCUCAUCUACGGCCUCACCUACCUGAUCAUGACAACCAUCGCCCCCGUCUUCCAAGACACCUACGCCUUCUCCGAGGGCGCCUCCGGCCUGGCCUUUCUAGGACUCUGUCUAGGCUUCACCCUCGGCGCCCUGCUCUGCAGCCUCCUCCUGGACCGCUACAUCACCCGCCGACGCAGCAGCCCUAGCCCCAGCUCGCAUGCAUCAGCGAGCCCAGAACAACGCCUCCCACUGCUAUUCCUGGCGUGCGUACUCACGUCCGGCGGACUGUUGCUGUUUGGCUGGUCCGUCCACUACAGAAUCAACUACCUGGUCCCGAUCGUGGGGACGGCGAUGGUCGGGCUCGGGCUGGCGGCGACGUCGAUCACGGUGCAGACGUACGUGCUGGAUUCGUUCGGGGUGUGUGCGGUCAGUGCCAUCAGUGCGUUGAUGGUGGUGAGGAAUGUCACGGCCGCGGUGUUGCCGUUGGCGGGGCCGCCGCUGUUUCGGGCGGUGGGGCACGGGUGGGGUGGGACGGUGUUGGCGGGUGUGGGGUUGCUGGUGGUGCCGGUGCCGGGGGUGUUGAUGCGGUUUGGGGGGCGGUGGAAGAUGGUAAAUUGGUGCAUUGGUGACUUGUGA